AUGGUUGCGCCGGCUGUACCCGAAAUCACCGAGGAAAUCCUCCACGAGGCGAUUGAUGCCCGCACAGAUCAGUUGAUCGCCUUGCGUGAGCUGGGCCCUCCAGACCUCGUCCACCUCACAAAACAACAAACACGAAGCCCUGGGAAGCAGGUUGGCGUCUACCACCAUGUCACAGGGGUUGACGCGUCAUCGUCGGCGAGCUUGGCGGCAUAUAUCAACACACUCACAUACAAAGACCAUGGCCAGGCUGCAACAACCAAGAUAGUCCAGGGAGUGUACUGUUGCUACAAUGCGUUAUCUCGAAUUGAUAUGCGAGUACACGUCACAAUCCCGGGUUCGGUUGAAAGCUAUGGUGUAGAUGAGAGGGGAGAGAAGAGAAAGGCUACCGACGAGCUAUGGCUGGAGACUUACCUUUGCAGCGUCCUGCGUGCAUACUCGUAUGCAGAUGACGGCAGUGGAGAGACCAUCAGGAAGAUAAUGGGCGUUCGCAGAUUCAAUCCUGUUACCAGCACGGAAACUGAGCAUCGAUUCCUCAGUGCUGCCGAGCAACUAUUCUUCAGAGGUUGGCAACUCGGGUCAGACUCAACUGUCCAAGUUCCCAACGUUGUCUCUAACCAUUUGGCAAGCGGUCUCUUGAGAUAUUUUCAGACCACUGGAAGGUUCGUCUCGGGCAUCAACCUUUUCGAGAAGCUGCGGUCACAAAAUGUCGAGGUUGCAUCCUUGCUCUCCAAGGUGCUUUUCUUGGGCAACGAGGAGGUCAAGGGCGUCCGCGUACUGCAUCAAGCUUUACAGGAGGCUCCUAUGGACUAUGUUAUGCUUGACGCUCAGGCAGAAUUCUUGCUGAAGAAGGCCAAGACCGCCACUACCCCUGAGCAGAAGGAGGAGAGGUUACGAAUGGCACUAGCGUGCGCUGAUAGGAGCACGAUUGCGGCACCGAGCGAGUUUGGCACGUGGGCCCGGCUGGCCGAGGUGUACGUUGCGAUGGAGGAUUGGGAAAACGCCCUGACGAUCCUCAACUCGUGCCCAAUGUUCACCUACCAGGAUAAAGACGCGCCUUUGAUGCCGGAGCCGAAGGACGUUUAUUUGCCCACCCUGGUCGAGACACGAUUGGACGAGAUCGACAGCGAGCCAGAAGGCAGAUACAAUGAGCAGGUCGCCGAGCCACUACUUAACCUGCGAGCAGCCGGUUACAGGGGUACUUUCAAGCACGCCUACAAAAUUCUGACCGAGAUGACUUCAAAGAUUGGAUGGGAUCAGUUGCUCAAGACCAGGAGUCUUGUGUUCGUAAUGGAAGAUGAAUACCGGAUGGAGAGGACAGAAGUGAGGGACUCAACUCAAGAAAGUGCGAACCAACGUAGCGCGAGCACCGACGGUCUCAGAGGAUCUUCUCCGAACAACAACCAUGCCGCCGCUGCUCAAGAUGCAGAGUCCGACACAGACUCUCACAUUGAGACAGGGCCUGCAGAAAAGUCCGACUCGGCCGGUCCCAACGGACAGGGCCUGGAAAAGCCUCUGACCACUGCUGAUCCUUCUGAGGUUAAAGAGGACCAGGAGAAUGGCAUUUUACCGAGCGAGCAUUCCAAACUGAACAACAAGCGCCUCUGCGAACGCUGGUUGGACAGCUUGUUCAUGGUUCUUUACGAAGACCUUCGCCAAUAUACAAUUUGGCGUACACAAAUGGCGCAACUCAAGUUGCAAUCUUUGCAGUACAAAAAGUCGGCUGAGGAAUGGGAGAUACUGGGAGCGCUAGCCGAGCGCCUUCACCACACGGACGAGGCCGUCGAGGCGUACCGGGCCUGCCUGAGUCAACGCUUCAGCCCCAAGGCUCUCACGGGUAUACUACGAGCCUACGAGCGGAAACCUAACAGCACUCGCGAUACUGUAGCCGCGGUGAUCAGGCUUGUCACGUGGCAGUACCGCUGGUACUCAGAAUUCUCUCCUGAGCUGCUUAACACUAUCCGGUCGCUCAUCGAGGACGAGGGCGCCGUCAAGGUCCGCAGUAUUAUCCAGGCUACGAGCCUGCCGCAGAAUGUACUUGACCUAACACAUCAUUACGCCGCGCUCUGCGCAACAUUCCGCAGCAGCGGAACGGAAGGCUAG